GUGAUGUGUUUGCCAUGGAACGAUGAGCCUCUGGCCCCAGAGACCAACCUGCUGAAAGAUGAGCUGGAGAAGGUGAACAGACGAGGAGUCCUCACCAUCAACUCCCAGCCCAACAUCAACGGCAAACCCUCCACAGACCCUAUAGUUGGCUGGGGACCUGCUGGAGGAUACGUGUUUCAGAAGGCCUAUCUGGAGUUCUUUACCUCCAGUGAGAAUGUGACCGCUCUCCUCAAAGUGCUGAAGAAGUAUGAGCCUCGUGUCAACUACCACAUUGUUGAUGUGCACGGCCGUAACUUGACUAACGCCCCUGAUAUGCAGCCCAACGCUGUGACGUGGGGGAUCUUUCCUGGCAGGGAGAUUGUUCAACCUACUGUAGCGGACCCAGUCAGCUUUAUGUAUUGGAAGGAUGAAGCCUUUGCCUUGUGGAUCGAGCAGUGGGCCAAACUCUAUGAAGACGAAUCUCCUUCACGGAUGAUCAUCAAGUAUAUCCGUGACAACUACUUCCUGGUCAAUCUGGUGGACAAUGACUUUCCUCUGGAGAACUGUCUGUGGCAGGUUAUUGAUGAUAUGUUUGAGCUGCUCGAUGCAUCUCCUGAGCAACUCAACGAUGGAACUGUCUCUGAAUUAAAGUAAUUUCAAACGACUUUUUUAGGGAAAGAAAGAACACUAUCCAGCUGUUUUAUGCAUUGUCCAAAAAAGCUGCUAUUUACAAUACCGAGCUUGAGUAAGAAGUGUACAUCACAGUUUUUUUUAAAGACUUUUUUAGAGAGAGAAGUGUUUUGUUUUUUUGUUUUUUUUCCAUUCGAGUGAAUGGAAAAUAUGGUGUAAAAUGAAACACCAUGUUUCUCCAAACAUUUUUGAAUGUUUUGACUUCCAUGAUGUACUCCUGAAUCAUGGAGGUUCAUCCUGAGUAGCACUCCCAGUUUAUAAACUACACUUGUGCUCAAACAAGUUUCAGUCACAUUGUUUUUAAGAGUUUUCUUAUGGACAAAUGUCACUGAAAAAUGAAAAAAAAUACAUUUACAAAAUGAAUUGAAUUUUAACAUGUUUUUUAAUAGUCUUUUUAAUUUCAUAAAAGAAAAUAAUUCAAAUGCUAUAUUUGAAUUUGAUUUUUACUGAUGUGUACUGUUACAGGAGAAACAUUUCCCAUAUCUGACAGUCAGAUGCUAAUAAGUUUAUUGUACCACAGACAAGAGCUACACUGUCUACCUGCUGCCUUAAUAUGUUUUGACUGUAGUUCAGUUAUCACAUAUAAUGAUAGUGAAAUGUCAUAUUUUUUUUUUGUUCUACCUGCUUUCUAAAGCUGAUUGAAUAGUUUUUUUCUGGAUUGUACAACAAAUAAUCUGGUGUGUUUUUAAGUUAUCCAGCACCUUUAUCUAUUCCUAAUGAAUGUGGAGUAUUGCUGCAGAACAUAUAUUGACUUUAUUAGAUCAGAAUGAAACACCACAACUACAUAGCUCCAAGUACAAAGGUCAGGCCAUAGGACAGUGCAUGACAUUGGCAGGGAUUUUCCUUGACUGUUGGUAUGAAACGCUGUGCUACACUUCAAAGUGGGUUUACCAGAUGCAAAGUGAACUUUUGGCAUCAAGUCUGUGUCCCAUAACAACUGUCUACCAUUGUGAGCAAGUGCUGUGUUGUAUUGUAAAGAAAAACUCUUGGACAAUGAUUUCUUAAGAAGAGUAGGAACCCUGCAUGAAAUCUAGUUAAAAUAAACAAAUACUGCUUUUAUUUUGGAAUAAAAACAUGACUACCAGUAA